AUGAUUUCAAUCAAUUUUUUAAAGCAAGCUACUACAAAAUAGACAUUUUCUUUAUUUAGCAAACUUUCAUAAAAUAUUUCUUCAAUUAAAGAAAGACAAAAAUAUUUUAUAGUAGAGUAUAAAUAUGUUUAAGACACAUAUUAUAAGAGGAUACCAUAUAGAUAAGAUCAUGAUAAGUGGGUUUAAAAGAUGGAAGAAAAAGGAAACUAAAUAGUAGGAGGAUCAUAUUUUCCUUUGGAUGGCGCUACAAUAAUUUUCAAUUGCGAUGAAUAACAAGUAGUAGAAAAUUUUGUGAAAAAUGAUGUAUAUGUAAAGCAAGGAUUGGUUGAAAAUUACAAAAUCACAGAAAUAGAAAGAAAAACAAAAGAUGAAUUAUAGGAAAUUUCAAAAAUUUUUGGUUAUAAAUGA